UGCUAUUAGAUAAAUAGCGUGCAGAAAACGCGAGUUCGUCUUCAAACUCCCUCUGGCGGUGAAUGAUGGCUUAUUUGUAGUGGCAGAAGAGAAGAGAAGAGAAAACCCAAACCCUAACCAGAGAGUCAAAGAGAGAGAAAUCCUAGAAAUCUGUGAAAAUGUCAGCGACUGGAGGUGGUGGUGGUGGUGGUCUGGAGGAAGACAAGAAGCCCAUGGAUCAGUCGGCACACAUUAACCUUAAAGUCAAGGGCCAGGAUGGGAAUGAAGUGUUUUUUCAGAAUUAAACGAAGCACCCAACUCCGCAAACUCAUGACUGCUUACUGUGAUCGACAGUCAGUAGAGUUAAACUCAAUUGCUUUCUUGUUUGAUGGGCGCAGGCUCCGCGGAGAGCAGACGCCAGAUGAGCUUGAGAUGGAGGAUGGAGACGAAAUUGAUGCAAUGCUCCAUCAGACUGGAGGCGGACGUUAAAUGCAAGUUGGACUAAAUGGAGAGCCUCGGUAGACUUGACGUCAAGUUUCAUUUGCUACGUCUAUGGAUAUAUCUUAUGUAAAUG